CUAGCCUCUAGAUCUGUGAGACAACACAUUUCUAUUGUUUUAAGCCCACUAGUUCUGGUAUUUUAUUAUGAUAGCCCAGGGAAACUAAUAUAGCUAGCUAGUAACCCAUGGGAUUAGAUGAUUAAAUCAGAUAUAAGACCUUACAGAAGACAGAAAAGAUACUAGUUGUCUUAUUCCUCUAAUGCUCCUUGCACAAUCCCAAUCCCCCUCAUUCAAACCUCAGUGGAGGAGCUGAGGGAACUUUCUUACAAAAUAAACCGCUAGAGAAACAGAGGAAAAACUGAAGAAGCCUCGCUGAAGAGCCAGAGAAAGUUCUCUUUGCCUGAAAGAAUCAGUGUAGCUUCUUGAAGUGUUACAACACAAAAAUGGCCAGAGCACUGGAUCCACUCACCAUCAUGGAUCCUAUAUCCCCAGGACACAGAGUCCGAGAAGCCAGCAUGAAUACCGGGGUGGAGACGGAGGGACCCGACAGAUGGUCAGCAUCGAUAUAAGACAUGGCGCCCAAAAACUGUCAAAGAGAAACAAAUCCAGAUUCAGGGCUGCAGGACAAAUGACCACAAACUUGGUGGCUUAAAACAACAGAAAUGUAUCGUCUCCAUUUUGGAAGCUGAAAGUCCAAGAUCCAGGUGUCCACAAGGCCCUCCUUUCUCUGAAGUCACUCGGGCAGGAUUCUUCCUCGUGUUGUCAUCCCUGCAGUGGCUGCCAGCAGUCCUCGGGGUUCCUGGCUGGUAGACAUACCAUUCCAGUCUCUGUUUGCUUUGUCACAUGGUGUCCUCACUGUGUGCCUCUCUGGAUCCAAACUGCCUUCUCUUCUAAGGACACCAGUUAUUGGGGUAGGGCCCAGUAUUACCAAUCUUAAUCCAGGAAGAGCUCAUCUUCAAUUGAUUAUAUGAGCAAGGUCCUAUUUCCAAAUAAGGCCACAUUCACAGGUCCUGGGAGGUAGGACUUGAACAUAUCUUUCUGAGGGAUACGAUUCAACCCACAAUAAGUGGUAGUAAGUGAUGGAGCUAGGGCUCGGAACCACUCCCCUGUCAUCUGCAGAGUGGGAACUUCAGGCCGCAGGCAUGGGUCAAAAUGACCCUUGAGGGAGUGUUAAGACAAUAUUAGAAUGUCUGUUUUUAAAUUUCAUCUUUUAAAAAUUUCCACUUGUGUUUUAUGAUGUACAGCAUGUAUUUACAAUAGUACAUGAGUGUGUUCUGUAAACAUAUAUAUAUUCAGUGGGUACUCAAGAAUUGUAACUGAUCAGUGUAUGAAAAAAAAAUUAAGGCCCUGUACCAAUCCUUUCCCUCUUACCCAUCUCUUAAACUGGUGGUCAGUGGUGUAUUACUUUCUCUUUUUAACAGUUGCCUCAGCAAAAUAGCACCUCACUAUUUGUAGUGAGGUGUUUUGAUUUCCCCCCACCCCCAGGAUUUGGUUGAAAAGGGUUUAGUUGGAAAAAGGACAGUUACCAGGCCUGAGCCAAGGUGACAGGUAGCUAGAACCUUAAGAAUGAGGCGAUUUGGCAAGAUUUUUUCCCCUUCAGUUUGUAUCCUUCGGUAUUUCAAUAACAUUGUCUAACGAUUGGUUGGUUUCCUUUUAACACCUCAGACAGACAGGCAGAGCCAGUGUUUAAUAUAAUUUAGGUCUGAAAGCAUGCUGUUAAUGAUCCAAACAAUUUAACAUCAGUUGUUGAGGGCAGGGGAGGCAUAUAUCUUUUUUGGACUUUUUUUGAAAUACAGUUUUUCAAAAGGAGAACCACUGCAACAAGUAACCAAGUUGUGAUGCCGCUUCUAUUCUUCGGACUUCAAUGCUACAGUUUCCUUGUGUGAUACUAUUCCGAGACCUCCCCCAACACAUACACAUACAUACACUUUGCCAGGAAUUGUUUUGGGUUCCUUAAGGGAGAGACAGUGAUAUGCUCACAGGUAAAUAAAUCUCAAAAUGAUAAUGUGCAUUUGAAGAUCCAUUUGUUUAUAUAUUUUAAAAACAGGGGGAAGUCAAAGUAAACCAGGCAAAAUGUAUAAAUUUGUAUUCAGAUAUCCAUGGAAAAGAAUCACUCAGAAGAACAAAGGAUAAUAUAACACUAAAUGAGUCAUGGUGUUCUCCCAGAGAGUAAAACAGUAUUCUUAUUAGUUAUUGUUUAAUUCUUAGAACAUUUGACAUAAGGUUCUAUUGAUUGCUGGGGAGGGGGAGCUGGUCCCCUUCUCACGGGUUGUUUGAGUUCCUGUAUGGGCCUAAGUAUAUUUUUGUUAUAAUUUAUCCCACCUGUGCCUGUCAGUUCCUUCCUUUCCACUUGCAUCCUCCCGUGACAGUCUGGCUCAUGUUUCUUCAUAAGGCUGUAAGCCAGUUAUUAAUAACAGCCCAGCGAGUCUCCUGAUCCACCCAAGAGCAUAUGGUGUUUUUCACAAAAGAGAAGAGAGAUCAUCUCCUUGACUUUGGACUUCAAUUAUCGAGUCCCUCAACAGGAGCAAGAACAUUCUGGAUAUGAUGUGUAAAAACUGGAUAUUAAUGUCUACUACUGUUCCCGCAAGUCCAGAAGAUGAAAUUGUUGGAAGACUUCUAAAAAUUUUGUUUGUUAUCUUUGUUGACUUUAUGUCUAUUAUAUAUGUCAUUAUAACUUCCUAAAGAGCUGAGUUCCCUUGCUUAACAUGUAAAUUUCACAUUAAUUCCACUGAAUAAAAAUUUGUAGUUUCA